ACAGGAUGAGCUCGAUGACCGAAGCAGAUUUGGGUCAUAAAGAUUAAACAAUUAAUAAAUCAUCUGAUGGAGCAGUAUUUCCCAAGAUGGAGCAAUGAAGAGAAAGCCACGAUGCUAAGACAAAUUGUGGUCAAACCCCGGAGACAAGCUUUUUGGGGGGCCGGUUACCCAUUUCAUCCUCACUCUUCCUCUUGCCUUUCUAUGAAGGAGGAAGUUUUUUUAGAAGCUGCAGAAUAUGGCAAUAUCCCUGAAGUGAGGCGGAUGUUGGAAGAGCUGCCAGAGCUCAAUGUUAACUGUGUCAACUACAUGGGACAGAAUGCACUGCAGCUGGCUGUUGCCAAUGAGCAUCUAGAACUUACCAGACUUCUUCUAAAGAAGAAAGACCUCGCCAGAAUAGGAGAUGCUUUGCUGUUAGCCAUCAGUAAAGGUUACAUUCGCAUAGUAGAGGCCAUACUGAACCACGAGGCUUUUGCAGACAGUCAAAGGCUGACUAACAGCCCCAGCCAGGCAGAGAUGCAUGAUGACUUUUUCUCCUAUGAUGAGGAUGGGACACGGUUCUCUCAUGACAUCACUCCCAUCAUUCUGGCUUGCCAGUGCCAAGAGUAUGAAAUAGUGCAUAUACUUCUUCUUAAGGGAGCCAGGAUAGAAAGACCCCAUGACUACUACUGUCAGUGCAAGACCUGUAGUGAGCAGCGGAGGCAUGACUCUUUCAGCCAUUCACAGUCCCGCAUCAAUGCAUAUAAAGGUCUAGCCAGCCCGGCAUAUCUCUGUCUCUCCAGUGAAGAUCCUGUGAUGGCAGCGCUGGAACUGAGCAAUGAGCUUGCAGUUCUGGCCAACACCGAGAAAGAGUUCAAGAAUGAUUAUAAGAACCUGUCAAUGCAGUGUAAAGACUUUGUGGUGGGGCUCCUGGAUUUGUGUCGAAACACAGAGGAAGUGGAGGCUAUUUUAAAUGGGGACAAAGAAUCAUAUCGUAGCUCAGACACCACGAACAGACAAAACCUGAUUAGGUUAAAACUUGCAAUAAAAUAUGAGGUUAAGAAGUUUGUGGCACAUCCAAACUGCCAACAGCAACUCCUUUCCAUCUGGUAUGAAAACCUAUCUCGACUCCACCAGCAAACAACAGCAGUUAAGAUUCUUCUUGUUCUCGGCGUAGCUCUUGGGUUGCCUAUACUGGCUUUUAUUUACUGGAUAGCACCAUCAAGUAAGUUUGGGAAACUUAUGGGCAGCCCUUUCCUGAAGUUUGUGGCGCAUGCAGCUUCCUUCAUGAUAUUUCUUUGCCUACUGGUCCUGAAUGCAGCAGACCGCUUUGAGGGAACUUCACUGCUGCCCAACAUGACCAUCCAUGAUUACCCUUCACAGCUUUUUCGUAUGAAGACCACGCCCUUCACCUGGAUGGAAAUUCUCAUCAUAUCUUGGGUCAUAGGGAAGAUCUGGGAAGAAUGUAACAACAUUUGGUCCCAGGACAUCCGGGAGUACAUAUCAGAACCCUGGAACCUUCUAGACUUUAGCAUCCUCACCAUUUUUAUGACGUCUUUCACUGCCAGAUUAAUGGCUUUUUGGCAUGCAUAUUCAGCCCAGUGUUAUAUUGACAAGCACCAUACUAGCCUGUCCAACAUGACGUUGCCCUUUGAAAUACAGUAUUUCCAGCUUGCUCGAAUCCACUGGAUGCCCUCAGACCCGCAGCUUAUUUCCGAAGGCCUUUACGCAAUUGCCGUUGUGCUUAGUUUCUCCCGCAUUGCGUACAUCCUGCCCGCCAACGAGCGCUUCGGGCCUUUGCAGAUCUCUCUGGGAAGGACGGUGAAAGACAUAUUUAAAUUCAUGGUGGUGUUCGUAACAGUGUUUGUGGCUUUCAUGGUAGGAAUGUUCAAUCUGUACUCAUACUACCUUGGAGCCAAACACAACGAUGCCUUUACAACGCUUGAAGAGAGUUUUAAAACAUUAUUUUGGGCCAUCUUUGGGCUGUCAGAAGUGAAAUCAGUGGUGAUUGACAUCAACCAUAAGUUCAUUGAGAAUGUAGGCUACGUUCUGUACGGGGUGUACAACAUCAUCAUGGUGGUCGUCUUGCUGAAUAUGCUCAUUGCUAUGUUUAACAGCUCUUUCCAAGAAAUUGAGGAUGAUGCAGAUGUCGAGUGGAAAUUUGCAAGAGCUAAACUCUGGUUCUCUUACUUUAACCAUAGUGGCACACUGCCUGUGCCCUUCAAUCUUGUGCCCUGCCCAAAAUCAGUAUCUUGUCUAUUGCUGAGUAUAAAGGAUUUCAUCUGGAAUGUACCUCCCGGCAGACACACAAAAAAAUCACGCAAUGAGAUGGAGCUUAACAAUUUAAGACGACAGGACGAUCUGGCUGGGGAAACAUCUCUUUGUCCAACCCGUCAUCAAAAAAUAAUGAAUUGUCUCAUUAAAAGAUACAUCUUAAAAGCACAGAGGGAUAAAGAUAACAAUGAAGUGAAUGAAGGUGAACUGAAAGAGAUCAAACAUGACAUCUCCAGUCUUCGCUUUGAGCUCCUGGAAAGGGAGAAGCACGAUAAGAAGACACUAACAGAGCUCAUGAGGCAGCUGGAAGAAGUAAUGCAUGCGAAGCAGAAAGAAGAGCAGAAGCAUACACUGGAUAUGGUUUCUUAAAAACAAUAAAGAUUAGAAAUGUAUUUACUGGACACACUCCAUCGUUCUCAUUAAUGAGGGAUUCAGUCAAGGCCGAAUGUUUCUGUGACACAGACUUAACACACAACUUUCAGACACAACUUAGCUGAUAAAACUACAUAUUUUGUAUUCAUUAUAAAAAAAAAUUCCUCCAUUUUCUCCAUUGUGUAAACUUAUUAAUUUGUUUGUCUUUUGAUUUUUUUUCCGUGCCUGUGUCUGAACAGUUUGCUUAUUGCUACAAUAAAGGAACUGUAAUGUAACUUUUCCUGUUGCUUUGACUAGGCUACAGUUCUGAGUUGACUGCUGUCAUCUGCAUGAUUUGUUUUGGAGGUAAUUCACCUGGUGCUGAAAACCAGAAAGCGGUUCAGAUAAAACAGAAAGAUAUGUUUGAUUGUCUCAGUCGCAACACUCAAUUAAGCUUCUUUCUGAUAACUGCGCUCAGUGUAGCUGGAGGAAAGUAGUUACUUUUUCUUUAAUGUAACUUCAGUUAAUCAAUACAACUCCAGGCUUGAUGUUCAAAACUCUAUAAAACUUUUUUCUUAAAUGUUGUUCUUUGUCAAAAUAUUAAUUACCCGAGUAUAAUGUU